ACUGUUUCAUUUUCAAUUGGAAACUAUUAACACAGUAUUUAUCAAUGACUUGCAUCCCUCUAUUGAACUUUAUAAGAUAUCUGGGGUAAUACAUAUUCAAGGUAGCAACUAUCGUUUGAGAUACAGCGCGUCCCAUUGCGACAACACCAACUCUCAUCAUGUUUGGACCUUACACUAGGUUGACCACCGUGGUCAUCACAAUCCUAACAUUAGGUUCUUCACUAGUUUUAGCCGAAUGCACUCGCGAGGGGCUCCUCGCAGCGGCAGACAGCUAUCUUGCAGCGCAGACUAGUGGAAGCAUCGAUGAUCUCAAGUUAUCUCCCAACUUCACAUAUCAGCUCAACAAUAAAGUGGCGGAUAUCAAGACUGGAGUGUUAAGCCAACCGCUUAAGAUAGACCUUAACCGAUCUACGGCCGACACGAUAGCAUGUGCUAGCUACACCAUGCUGAUCUCGGCGACAGGCUCCCAGCCUUAUGUGAUCUCGACGCAAAUUCGACAUGAAGACAAUGGCACUAGCUCCAUUGCCCUGAUUGACACCAUCGCGGCGACAACUGGUGCCCUCUUCUUUGAUGCUCAGAAGACGCUAGGGUAUAUUGAAAAAGAGAACUGGGGCACGCUGGACGAAGAAAUGAGAACGAGUAGAGACGAACUCAAGCGUGUUGGAGACGCAUACCUUGAUAUGUGGACAGAUGCUAACGCGGCGGAUUCGAUCCCGUGGGGUACGGAUUGUGAACGUGUUGAAGGAUCUUCGCUUACACGACCGUGUGGAGCGACAUUACCCCAUGGUGGAAGUCAGAAACCGAAUGGGAACCGCCGAUACGUCAUUGAUGAAACAAUGGGAUCAGUGGAUGUGUUAUGUUCUUUCAAUUCUCUUGGGGAUAUGCCUGACUCGCACGAAGUAAGGGUUGAAGGGGGCACAGUGAAGUAUGUGCAUACUGUCACAGUCUUGCAAUAAUCGAGAAAUAUACAAUUAAUUUAGGGCCUUGUUAGUCAAUUAUGAUUCAAUUAGUCUACAUUCUUUAGAAGCUUAGAAUAUCUCAAGCUUAAGUACCUACUCAUUCAAUUUCGGAAAUGAUG